AUGCCUAAGAGUCUACAGACUAUACUGGGGACGACGAGCCGCGUGCGCAAACCGUCAUCACAAGCGCAAUCACGGCAAACGACAUCAUCGCCAUCACCGCGCAAGGCACGCAGGCGGGGGGGUGGCAACGGUCCAUACGAUGACUCCUCCCUCUCCUCCGUCCAGUUCGAGGACAAGCUAGACGACGAGGGCGCAGCCCGACUGCUAGGCUACGAGGAGGCGCUCACGCUGCGCGACGUGGUGCAGGCGAUGCGGUACGUGCGACGGCGCAUGUUCACGGCCGUGCCGGACCGCGGGCUGGACUCGCGCCGGGCGGGCGAGCUACGCACGUACCAGGCCAGCAUGCCCCCGGUCGUCACGGCGGGCCACCUGCACGCGAUACUCGACUCGCCGACGCAGGUGGAGCGCGAGACGGCGGAGCUGCUGAGCCGGGGCGUGGUCCGGCGGGUGCGCGUGGCCACGCGGGGCGCCAUGGGCGAGGGGCUCAUCGAGUCGGCGGACCUGCUGGCCAUGGUGGGCAGGAGCGUGGAGAGCGGAUUCCUCUCGCGGGCGGCGGGCGACGCAUUCGCGGCGUUCCUGCGCGACGAGCCGACGGCGCAGACGGUGCAGACGGCGGCCGCGGACAUCCUCUCGGACACGCAGGCCGACGAGCUCAUCCGGGCCGGGUUCCUCACCAGCUCGCUACCCGGCAGCAGCUCGUCGUCGUCCUUUCUGAGGAUGAGACCCGAGGACCGCACGACGCUCACGUCCAUCCAGCGCAUCUCGCGCCACCCAUCGGGGAGCCUGUCGGCCGUGGGCGGCCGCGACGCCAUCCACCUCGCGGGAGGGGGGUCGGGCCACGGCAGCAGCCAGACGGGGGAGGGGGCGAGUCUGAGGGUAGCCAUACCUGGUCACGGACGACAUCUCAAGCUCUCGCAGGCAGGGGUGGACUGGGUGCGCGAGGCGCUGGGCCGCACGCGCUUCGGCGAGUGUCCCGAGAGUUGGCUGCGGGAGCGCUUCGACGGCGGCGCCAGCCUGUACGGCGCCAGGUGGAGGGACUUUUCCGGCGUGAGGUGGGAAUGGGUCCUCGGUGAGGCUGUAGGGCUAGGUGUCGUCGAGCUGUUUGAGACCAAGAGUGUGGGCAGGGGAGUGAGAGCUCUGAGUUAA